AGCUUCUUUAGCCUCCGGGUUUCAACUACGAUGAAGGCCAUUCAUGUUGGAAAGUUCGUCACAAACAUUGCAGACCUCAGGCCUUGCUCCAUUCCCAGUCCGGAACGUAAACACUCAGAGAACAUCCAUGUAAAGAUCACGCAUUCAGCUGUAACGCACGUCGAUCUUCUUUAUGCCCAAGGUCUACAUCAGAAUAACCGACGUCAUGUCAAGCCCCCAUUUGUGCUAGGCACCGAGUUCUCCGGUAUUGUCAUAUCCAGUCCUCCAAAAUCAUCUUUCAAGCCUGGUGACCGCGUAUUUGGGGGCGGGCUAGGUGCCUAUGCUGAAGAAAUCUGGGCCUCUGAAGGAGCGAUACGCCAUGUACCGGAGCAAUGGACGAAUGCCGAGGCAUGUGCGGUGGGUGGUAGCGGAGCAGUGAGCUACGGUGCAUUGCUCGACGUUUGCAGAAUCAAAGCUGGAGAGACUGUACUCGUGUUGGGUGCGAGUGGGGGUCUCGGGGUCAUGGCGGUACAGAUUGCAAAAGCUAUUGGCGCAAAGGUUAUUGCUGUGGUUGGUGACGAAGAGAAAGCUGCCAUGGCCAGAAGUAUUGGUGCGGAUGAUGUUGUUGACUACCACGAUGAAAAGUGGGAAGACCGUGUCAAGCAACUAACAAAAGACGGAGAGGGCGUAGAUGUAGUGUACGAUGGCAUUGGCGCUGUGGAGAGCGGAAUCAAGUGUUUGAAGUACCGUGGCCGUCUGGUGAUUGUGGGGUUUGCAGCAAGGAACGGAAACAUUGAAAACAUCCGUGCAAACCGCAUCCUUCUCAAGUCAAUAGCAGUGUAUGGCUAUCGAUUUGGCGAAGACGGGCGAAGGGAUCCACAGAGAACAAAGGGUGUAUGGGAUGGCUUUAUGCGCUUAGUUGAUGCAGGAAGUAUAAAACCGGUAGUUUACAAAGAGAACUAUCAUGGGCUGGAAGCAGUUGGUAGGGCGCUGGAGGAUGUGAGGGCGCACAAGGCUUGGGGGAGAGCAGUGGUGAGAGUAUGUGAGCACGAGGACAAGGCGAGAUUGUGAUCAUCUCUUAUACCAUUCCAGUGGGGUGUUUCAAGAGUCGUACUCGACUGGCAUAGUGAGCGGAUAGCGGUCACACUUUUGCCCUCCCUUGGGGCGUAUCGAAAGCGCCAAGCAAACGCGUUGGGGAUAGAGCUGGAGGCUGUGCGCACGGCCCCUUACGGCGCGCCAGCAUAGCGCGGUUUCUCUGGGCGCACCUCCUCCGAGUUUCCAAGUCUCAAACAAAGCCCAUUGCCAUCG